AUGUCGCAUUCAAACACUAGUCCAUCGUCAGAACCGCGCGAACGUUAUUCAUGGAUAUCGCUUUCUGAGAGCGAUACCUUAAGCGGUAUCACGCAGCAUGAACACGCCGAACAGGGCAACGGCGUCGACCGCACUCGCAGGCCUGAAUCCCGAGCUCAAGAGCAACGCGAACACACCGAUUCGUCUCCUCAUGCUGCUCAGGAAAACGAGACGCUUCUCUCCAGCCGAGCAUCUACCGCACUCAGUGGAGCAAUCGAUGACCACUCGCUGGAGGAGCCGCAAAUAAGGAACUUGGAUGAUUCCCAUGAGCGUGAGUGCAAUACCGAGUACCCCAAGUUACUAUGUCCGACAUCUUCUGACGAGCUCAAAGCAAAGUUGCGAAAUCAAAGCCUGCGGACAUCUACAGAUUGGGUGCCACACACGUUGCGAAGCCCCUACUUGAUUACUCUUAGCCUAGCAUCGCUUAUACUAUCUGUCGUCUUAGCAACGCUUAGUUGGCAGUCUUAUGAGAAUUCUGGACUCGGAGAUGAUGACGGAUCUACUGGACUACUCGUUGGAUGGAGAUAUACGCCCACUAUCAUCGCAAUUUUCUUCACGCAGGCCAUCGUCCAGGUUGCGGAAGAUGUAAAGAGAACAGAGGCAUAUGCACGCCUGGCCGACCCCAACCCUAUCGAAGCCAAGUUUACCCUAUUCUACCUGCCUAAGGUAUGGUGGAAGAGUGUCUUUAUUGGCUUUUCUCGAGUACGAAGCGGUGGCCACCGAAGAUGGAAUCUGGCCUUGUCUUCGCUUGUAGCUGGUAUCAGCAUACUGAGCAUUUCGACCUUUUCAUCCUCCGUAUUCGUCGCAAAGGAUAUCUUGAUCCAGGAAAAUGUGCAGCUUCAACGGUAUGCCGCUGGCCAGGCCAUUGCCAGAGAGUUGUCGCCUAUCCAGCUCGCACCUCGCAGGGAUACAUACCUCCGGACUAUAAGCGGAUACCUCUUUAACGUCUCUACAUCUAUCUGGUCGUCAGAUUCGCAUGUCAUUGUACCUUUUGGAAAGUCAAGUGGCGACAAGAGCCGUGCAACGCUUCCGAACGGCAUAUGGCAAGCAGAUACUGAGGUUUUUCAUCUGAACUAUAGUUGCUCAUCGAUGGUUCUGGUGGAGAAGAAUAUAACCAAGAUUACCUACAAGUACACAGACAUUGCGAAGACUGCGUGUCCAAACGACACGUGUGCUGUCCACUCAAAGGGGUUCAAAAUCCGAUCAGAAGACGGAUGUGAGGUCCAAAUCCAAGGUCCAAUCGCUCAGUGGGAUAAUUAUGGAGCCGAGUUUUCCUCCGAUGGCUUCAUCACCGAUACCUUUACGAAAGACGGUGGCUUGCUCUGGACGAACAUGUCUUCUAAUUACGUGUCGUGGGAGACGCUUAUUAGAGAUUACGGUCAGCCUCCAGCAAUCCGCUCCACUGGAGAGAAGGUCCUCGAGCAAUGGUCUCGCACGUUCAUCUAUAGUUUCUCCGAUCAAUGCAUGGGGCGCGACCUGCUACUUGUAUCACCUCAAUGGAUAGUCCGGCCGUCACCUGCCGAUAUACCUGUGGGUGUAUGGGAAAAAGACUCAUGGGACAACCUCACGAUACGGGCACACGUAUGCAGUCCAGAAUAUCAUACAGCUAGUCUACCAGUCUCUGCAUCCAUCGACGGCGCAGAAGCUUCCAUGUCCUUUGAUGUAUCAGAGUUUGAGCGGCACAGGCAGCCGGUGUCGAAACAAGCCAUCGAUUUCGACUUGUUGGAUGGCCUUAAUUUUCGCAGUGGCAGUUGGAACAAGUACAUGGCCGUACCUCCUGUUGUCCAUGGUUCUUUCGAGGGUAUAUCGUUGCUUCUUGCUUCAACUUUCGCCCACAACCUGUCUGAAAUGCUGGAGAACGUCACCCUAAAGGAAGAAGCUAGCAAGCUGCGAAAACGCUUCACAAGGGAGCUCUUACUAUCCUCUAUCACUGAAACCGACGUUCCACAGCUGGAGGAUACAAAUGGAUCUGUGACGCGCGUUAAACAACUUGAGACCGGCAACUGCACCACUGAGAAUUUACCAUCGGACCCGAUCGGUGAAGAUUAUCCAGCGGAUGUUGUAGUUCAUGGCGCUUGGUACCGCAACUUUACCAUCAAGUGGAUCGUGGGGCCAGGCGUGACAACUAAUAUCUCUGCAGCUAAUCCAGCCGCGAUCGACGACGUACAAGAAGUCAGCAAUCCGUACGGCCCUGCAGACGAAGAGCUUCUCUACUUCAAGGAAGAACCCAAGAUGACCAUAAUGGACUGCAUCACGGUUAUUGAAAAUACUACCGCCAGCGUUACCGUAGCCAGGAGUUCAGGCAAUGUUCUGAACUAUACUCUAUUGGCUGAUCCGGAGCCUGCUCUCAACGCAUGGGAGUACGCCUGGGACAUCGUUUACCCUGACCCAGCAUUUUACGACGGAUGGGGGAAUGUUAGCAUCGAAGAAACAGCGAUCGAACGCUUCAACAUCCGCGACCGCGAUCGCGGCCUCAACGUCGACUUCAUGUCGUACGCCAACUGGCAUCUUGCCAAUAAAGAUACCGAGUCCCUGCUCAAUGCAACGACACUUUUGCGACACUCAGAGAAGACGUUGCAAACCUUCUUCAAACAUUUUGUUAAUACCGGAACAAACCAUCUCAGCGGUACCCGUAUGGGUAGUAGAGAUCAAAAAGCAGUCUACGAGGAAGUCUUAUACCCAGACCGCGUAAAUGGGACAUUUACGAAACGUGUCGAGGUUCUUGCUAUGAACGAGACGGCCACAUGGCUCUCGCUUGCUAUACUCAUUCUACUUGCCGUCAUUCUCAUCGUUCUCAUUGUGAGCUUGCAGAUUGUGUAUCCGAGCUCAUGCAUGCAACAUCGCGUCGAGUGCUUGGCAGACGUACUAGCUAUGGUUGCUGGAAGCGAGGGGCUGAUCGGUUUGAUUGAAGAGCAGGGUAUCGAAGGCUUUGCUAAGAGUGGUAGACUGACUAAACUGGGUCGGUUCAGAGACGCGCGGGGAGAUGUUAGGUGGGGUGUUGAACUCGUGGAUGCAGAGGGUGUGGAAUGGGUUGAUGGACCAGAGAAGGUUGCCUCGGCUGGACACGAUGAGGAGUCAUCAAUUCAGUGCGGGGAAGUAGUCGAUGCGAACAGUGCGCUUCUGGAAAGUGAACGAUGGUCACCUUCCCUACGGCAUUUCGUUCAGGAGCAACAGACAGAGCCAAUGCUGGGACCCAGCGAUGUUGCCAACAACGCAUCGAGGCUAUAG